GAAUCACCCCCGGCGGCAGCCCCGCUCCUCCUGACCCGCAUUCACCCGUACUGUACAGGCAGGGGGGAGGACCGAGCGCAGAAAGCUAAUAAACGCUCUAGAGUUUCCCCUGCUGACCGUGGCCAUGGCUUUGGCAGUCCCGGGCAGGCACAGCGUUCCCGUCUCCACACACCUGAAAGCGGACUGAAAAGGGGGCUACCACCGGGAGAGGCAUUCGCUACGACAUUCGAGAAGGUGGAGCCCCUGAAGACACCUCCUUGCACAUGUUAAGAGGCGGAGCCAAGCAUCGACUUUUUCAGAUGGACACUGACCAACCACCAGCAUUCUUCUUUUUCAAAAGACAUAAGAUAGAAAAAUAUACGCAAGACUGAUACAGCACAGUUUUACCUCUCAUUAUCCGAUCCUCCUUCUCUGAUCCAAUCAGAGAAAACCUCUUCAGCUGUCUACCUCCCAGAGAAAUAGAAAAGGAAAGAAAAACAGCAAUUUAUUUUUUUUUGUCAGUUCCUCUUACUCUUCUCUUUGUGCAACAUUUCUCUAUUUACCUCAGGGAUUUUCUCCCACCACCUACCUCCUCCACCGAAACAGCCAACGCAGUGACUGGAACACAGAGCAAAAACACACCUGUGACCUCUCACUGCUGUUACCGUGACAACCUGAAUUGCCUCUCAAGCUCUCCCCACUGCAAACGUGAAGACCAGCAAUGACCUUGGACCUCUUACCACCUGCCAGCUCUGACCUUCUCAUUGCCUAAAUUGUACUGAUCCAUACUUGUAGCUUGCACCUUGGGCUAGUCAUUACCAGAAAGAAAAGGGUGAUAUUGCCUGAAAGGCAGCUACACACUCACAACAGCCUCACCCUUCUAUAUACCUGGCAACUAUAUACCUCAGCAGACACAGCUUCUAGAUUGACACUCGAAACAGAAGGGAACUUUUCAGUGAUAGCAUUCACUAUAUCCUGGUGCUCAGUCUACCCAGCAGGUAACACAUGCUUACUAGCCUGGUGCUUCAAUCUACCCAGUGGACAACUCACUCCAGCAUCUUCCAUUUGCCUUAGAGGCAGGAGUAUAGCAACAGUAGCCAGGGAGGCCUCCAGAGAAGCAGAGCAAGAGACUCAGGAAUACCCCCUGGCAGGCAACUUCACUUCAUUUGCUUCUAAGCAAAGUCACAUCAUACAUGAGCCUCAUGGUAGCAUAAAUCAGCAAUUUCCCAAGAGGCCUUUGGAGAUCACAGAAGAGACUCAUAAGUUCCCCCUGCCUUGAGCUUCUUCUUCACCCUGUGGAGCCUCCAGAGAAGUAAAGCUACACACGGAGCAGGAGAAGUUCUCGGGAUCCUCAUCAGCUUUUCUUGCUCAGGAGGCAAAACCACAAAGGAUAAAACACCUCUUGGCAGAUUUAACUCAGAACACUAUAAACAUUGGAAAAGUAAAGAGAGAAAACACCGAGAAGAUCUGUACUGUGUGACGGCAAAGAGAAAAGGAGGGAAAAAACAAGUAAAGAGAAGAAUGCAGUGCUUUCUAUUGCUUCCCCUGAUGUCCCGCCCACCAUGCUCCUCCCAGCCAGUCACUGCCCAGAUUCUCAGAUGGAUGUCUACUGAGAGGCCCGCCGGCGAAUGCUAAGCAGGCUGGCGAGGUCUGGGUCCGCCUCAUUGUCCUGUGAUUGGCCGCUGGACGGUACUGAGGCUGAAUGGAGCCAAUGUCCAACAAGCAGGAUAGCAACUCAUCUGAGGGGGAUGAGAAAGGGUGGCCAGAUGUGCCAAAGAGAAAGAGGAAGAACAGCCAGUGUUCGGUGAAGAGUAUGUCUGCUCUUAGCGUCUCUGUUCCAGGGUACAUCCCCAGCUACCUGGAGAAGGAUGAGCCUUGUGUGGUGUGUGGGGACAAAGCGACCGGCUACCACUACCGCUGCAUCACCUGCGAGGGCUGCAAGGGUUUCUUCCGCAGGACCAUCCAGAAAAAUCUCCAUCCAUCUUACUCCUGUAAAUAUGAAGGAUGCUGCAUCAUUGACAAGAUCACCCGCAACCAGUGCCAGCUGUGCCGCUUUAAGAAGUGCAUCUCUGUGGGCAUGGCCAUGGACUUGGUGUUAGAUGAGUCGAAGCGUGUGGCCAAACGGCGUCUGAUCGAGGAGAAUCGAGAGAGAAGGAAGAGGGAGGAGAUGGUGCGGACACUGCAGAUAAGGCCAGAGCCGAACACCGCAGAGUGGGAGCUGAUCAGGAUGGCAACAGAAGCUCAUCGGCACACCAAUGCCCAGGGCUCCAGCUGGAAACAGAAGCGCAAGUUCCUGCCGGAUGAUAUCGGCCAGGGUCCUUUGGUCCCCACGUCCGAUGGCGACAAAGUGGACCUGGAAGCCUUCAGUGAGUUCACCAAGAUCAUGACCCCCGCCAUAACGCGUGUUGUCGACUUUGCCAAGAAAUUGCCCAUGUUCUCAGAGCUGCCUUGUGAAGACCAGAUCAUCUUGCUGAAGGGCUGCUGCAUGGAGAUCAUGUCGCUGCGCGCUGCUGUUCGUUACGAUCCAGACAGCGAGACUCUGACACUAAACGGCGAGAUGGCGGUGAAACGUGAGCAGCUGAAGAACGGCGGGUUGGGCGUGGUGUCGGACGCCAUCUUUGAUUUGGGCAAGAGCCUGGCUCAGUUUAACCUGGAUGACUCAGAGGUGGCGCUGAUGCAGGCCGUGCUGCUCAUGAGCUCAGACCGUUCAGGACUGACCAGUGUGGAGAAGAUCGAGCAGUGUCAGGAGGCCUACUUGCUGGCGUUCGAGCACUACAUCAACUACCGCAAGCACAACAUUCCCCACUUCUGGCCCAAGUUGCUGAUGAAGGUGACGGACCUACGCAUGAUAGGGGCUUGCCAUGCCAGCCGCUUCCUCCACAUGAAGGUGGAGUGUCCCAAUGAACUCUUUCCCCCACUCUUCCUGGAGGUCUUUGAGGACCAGGAAGUGUGAUUUUUCGGCACCUCCUAAAAGAACCCUGGAUGCUGAAGGCACGAAAUUUGGGGUGGCUUGGCGGCAGAGGAGGUGCAUGGGAAGGACAAGUGGAGAAUAAAUAACUCUUUUUUUUUCAGUGGGAACGUGACCUAUAAACUUUGUUUUUUUGUCCCUUUUGUUUAUCAAACACCCACAAGACCCUCCAACUGCCACCAGCAAACACACACAUCAACAUCACCAGAGAGAAACACACUGACAAUCUGCCUCUGCUUUUUGUCAUUCUGAGGGGUAAACACACACACAGAGUACAGCAUUUAUAGGUAAUCACAGAUUAAAACUCCAAACACACUGCCAUGUACGCACAGUAUAUCUAUAUGCAAACACAAAUCUCAUCCAUUAACUCCUUUUGCACCUGUAUGGACAAACAGCUGUACUCUGUUCCUGCGACUAAUGUAAACUGAGGAGCUUGGUUGUGGCUCCACUCCCUCCACACCCAUCUCUCCCCUCAGAAAAGAGUAGUUUUUUUAUCUGUGGGACCUGACCAUUAGCUCCUCAGACAUCCCCCACCCUUCCACACACCCACCUCUCUUGCAUCUCUUUAACUGCAAUGGCGAGUGACUUCCAUCUGCACGUGCAGUCCAUCCCUCAGUCUGCCAAGGCCCUGUGAGUGUUUGUCAACCUACCUCCCUCACGUACUGACCUCUCUCUCUCUCCCUCUCUUUAUCUCAACUACGCACAAACACACACACGAACACACACAGAGUAUGUGCACAAAACACACCCCUACACUUUUACCUCAUACCUUGUAAAAUGUAUUUCCUCAUUUAUUGUGUGGGUGGUAGCAGUUUAAUGAGAAACCAUGCUCACUAACCCAUUUACCUCUCUGCUAGCAUUAAAAGUUACAGUGGGAACACUUUAUAUAAAGUCCUCAUCCAUAUUGUGCAUUACUAUGUCUCAUAUAUACAAGACAUUAUAGGUGUGUUGAUAAUAAAUGAAAAGUUAAAAGAUGGUAUGGACAUCAUGAUGCUUUCUGUGAAUAUACUGGAUAGGGAGUGUGGUUGAGUUUUUGAGGUUUAUUUCAUCAUGUAUUAAGAGAUAUGAGACUUGCAUCAGUUUCCCCAGAGGAUGAUUUGUAUUGUCUUUUCAUCUGGUCUAAAUGUCUAAAUAUCACUUUGGCUUAUGACAAAAUACCUUCACAACUAAUAAGCAAGUUUUAGCAUUCCAAGCCAAACACUAAACUAAAUCUGUUUUAAUAUUAAAAAUAGACUUUCUGCAAGAGAAUAAGUAAUAAUGAUGGUGGAGACCAAAACAGUGCUUAAAAAACUUGCAUGACUCUAAAUAAAUACAAAUAUUAGAGAAAGAUAUGCAUGUACCUAUGCAGCUGUUAGCUGACAAGGUCUUACAGCGUAGUAUUCAUAGCUUGUUUCUUCAUCCCUCAACUGGGCACAAAACUCAGUUACUAUGGGAUAAACAUUGUCAUUGUUAACAUGACGGCAUUUACUUUAGUGACUUUGUGUCAUGAUAAUCAAUAUACAUAUAUAUAUAUAUAUAUAUAUACACACAAGUAUAUGUGUACCCUUACUGUAUUUGAAGUAGACAGUGUGAAGUAAGCACAUUCCUCAUUCAGUAUGUUAACAGAAAGCUCUGUUUCACUGAGACUUGAACCUAUGGAAAUUGUUGUUACUACAAUGUAUUAGGUUAUGAUACAUGUUGAGCAUUUUCAAAGUAAAAUGCAUUGAGGCUACAAGCUACAUAGAAAGUGUUUACACAACUUUUAUUUUGAAAUUCACCCACUCUACUUAAAAAAACAGUAAUUUAUUUGAAAACAUAAUUAAAAAACUAUUAUAUGACUAUAUAAAAGCAAACUACAAGACAAAAGACAAGUAAUCUAGGGUAUAUAUAUACAUAUAUAUAUAUAUAUAUAUAUAUAUAUAUACCUCUCUGACACAUACCUCUUGUUUUCAUUACCUCACACACACACACACACAUACAUGCAAGUUACACACACCCAGUCACUUGUUUUUUUAUGUGUAUUACCUCAGUUGUUUUGUUGUUCAUCUCUUCCUCCUCUCACAUAACCACUGGGCUGCACCACACCUGCUGCCUCUGUGUGUGUAUGUGCGUGCGUCUUCUCAUUAGAGCCCUACCCUGUUAAUUACACCAUAGCCCCGCCUCCUCUCCUCCCCACUGUCUUGUGAUAGGUUCAGCGUUGGCAGAUGGUGGUGGUGGAAGGGGAUGUUGUCACUUACCUCAGGCCUUCCCCUCUUUGCUUGUACCUGUUUCAAGUCCCGCCCAAAAUCGACAGAUUCUACCUCACCUCUCAUCUCAGUGCAGCUGCCCCUCUGUCUGCAACACUAACAUGCAUGCACAGACACACACACACACACACACACACACACAUAUAUAUAUAUAUAUGAGUUGCCAACAUGGACCCGUUGAGAGUGCUGCUCUACCAACAGUGUACAGCAGGUCUUUUAAACAGACCGUGGAUCAACAUUUGACAGCUGACAUGGCAGACUUUGUAUUUUUCUCCCCUCUUUCAUUUUUAUCACACACCCCAUGGGACCAACAGUCAGUUUGGAUUCUGUUUUUACAUAGGAACCUGAAAUGACAAAGGGGGCAGGGGUGAAUUUGUGACUUUGCAGUGUGCCGAUUGAACUUAAAGGAAAUUGUCAGGGGACAGCAACAGCUGGAAGCUGGAACUCCAGUGGAAGCCAUUUUGGCCCGAUUGGGUCAGCCCAACGGACUAUGUGGGUGGUGACUGGGAGGUAAAAAAAACAACAACAAGUGAGUCAGCAGUAUUUGCCUGCGGAUAUGGUUUCAUCCCGGCUGAGGGGAGGGAAAUGGCGAAUAAGCAACUGUGGUGGGUAGCAAUGUGACUCAGGCCAAGCCAAGCCAAUAGCAAACCACCACAAAAAAAUGUACCCUUUUUCUCGCACCUACUGUACAUCUUAAGAACCUUCCCUCACUGUCGCAGCAGAAAUGGACACCAAGCCAUUUAAAAGACUUCUGAGCGACUAUCCUAUCCCAGAGACUUACAUUAUGAAUUAAACACUGCUGAAAUAAGCUCCACCAACCAUAUCCCAACUUGCCAUCCACUACAAAUAACUAUCAGGUUUUUUUCUGUUGCACUAAAACCACAAUGUCUGUAUCCCUUAGUAGCCCUGACCCCUUCCUUUAACCUCCUCCCCCACAUCUUUCCUGUUCCUGCCUGUCUUUAGCAGUCUUAAUAAUAUUCUCUAAAAUGUGUCUCUCACACACACAUAAAAACACUCAGUCCGUUAGCUCAUCUCUUGAUUACCUGUUGAAACCAAUAAGGACUGUGACAUUGCCUUUAGGCACCGCCAUUCUCAGUGUUACUAAUCUACGUUGCAGGGUAUUUAAAUAGAACCGUAAGCGCUGAUUAUACAGGGAUAUAAACACACACAGCAGCAGCAGCAGCAGCACACACACAGCAAUAGGAUGAUCAAGCAGUGCAGUUUCACACCCACCCUCUCCAGGUCUGCUGUGUUUGUACCGUACUCUGCUCACUAUCACUGUGAAUGAAAGCCAUGUUGCAACCGGGGUCAUGGCUCAGACAGGGGACCGCUGGCUUAGUAAUUCUGACAUGUAAAUGUGCCUCACAGAGGUCGGUAAUGCAAUGCUAUACAGUAUAUAGAUAGCAUAUAUUUAUAGAUAUAUAUACAGUGUGUAUAUGUGUGUAUAUAUAUAUAUAUAUAUAUAUAUACACAAACAUAUAUGUUUCAGUUAUUAUAUGUGGCAUUAGAGCUAUCAGCUACCAGCUCAAAUCAAAUCAUUAAUCUGUCUGACCAGUCAUGUAGCAGACGUGUCAGAGCUCAGUUUAUCCACCUGUAUUAAAUAUCUGUAAAAUAAUAUGUAGAAAUUGUUUUGCAGCGGACAUCGUAGUGUAUUAUGAUGUUUGUUUGCCUUGUGGUGAUCACCAACUAACCGUCGUAGUUUACUCACCUUUUGCAUACCUCCUAGAUCACUCCAUAGUGCACAAGUACCUUAAACAGAGAUUUGUUUGUCCUAUUUUGGGACUACAAAGAUGAGUCUGGUCCACAUAGCUUCAUGAUCUGAGAUUUAGAUUUGAGCUGGCAGCACAGCCCCCCCCCCUCUUUCUCCCUCUCUCUCUCUCUCUCUUUCCCUCUUUCUCUCUCUCCCUCUCUCAGCCAAAUGAUCACUGUAGAGAUCCACCCCCUGUCCUUUAAAAAAAAAACACACCAGCACCACAGAGCACACUGCCUUCAGCCAUGAUCAGCUGCACCAGCAUAGCAGAGAGACAGACCAAUAGUCAGAGACCAUCCACCUCACCAAAAAGCCAUUUUACCUGGACAACAAUGCUAGCUAUCAUAAUACUAUGUUCAGGCAGCAGGCAAACCCAUUUAGUUCUUUAAAUGUGAUCUGUUAGUAUGUUAGUAGUUUAAAUCUCUAUUGACUAGGCUGAAUCUGAGUUUGGACAGUAUAUUGGACUACCGGACAACCAGGUGCACAAGGCUACCAACUUGAGAUGCUGCAACAAACUAAUGGCAUGGAGUGCUUGUUCUAACUUUUAUGGCUUCAUUACCUCUGUGCAGUGAAUUCAUGAGAGAAGUUCUGAAACUUUAUUCUUCUCCUACGAGAUAUAUCUAAAUUCAUAAUAGAAAAAUGGAUUUGCUCUGCAUGUCUGACAUGUCUUGGGUGGUGAUACACAAGGUAAUUUUGCAGGCAAAGCCGAAUCGUAAUGCCUCCCAUUAAAGAGCCACAGAGUUUAAAACAUUUUUUUCUCGUGACAGUAAAACACUGUUUGACUAAAGCAGCAGCAGUUGAGGCCCUUCUAAAGUUGUGCUCUGUAUCACUACCCUGUCUCUUUCCACACUUUCUAGCUAAACUGCAAAACAAACCGAAAAGUCUCGAGCUUAUCCGCACAGUGACCACAGAAUUGUGUUUUCUUUCUCUCUCUGUCUGUCUCUUAGAUUAAAGUUAGGGUUAUGUUACGUUUACAAUGAACUAAAAUGUGAACUCGAUGCUAAGCUCUGCCUCUGCAGCAUGCAACAACCACUCUGACGCAGUUCAACUCUCAUGCAAAUUGUUUUCCACAAAUAAACUACUUCUACUACUUUUAUUACUUACCCAGGGAAACAUCUCCUCUUCAUAUCUCUCUCCCAGUCCAUGCAUCUCCAUUCCGUCACCCCAAACGUUCCCAUUCUACUCUCCUGUUUUUUUCCCUGUCUUCUCCAAAUUUACAACCCCAAUCCCAUUCCCCUCUCUAUUUAUUUCACUCUGUCCUCUUGGUGUACACCUCCUUCCUCCCAUCUCACCACACACACUCACAGAAACCUACGCCAGCUCAUAUUAGCACUCUUUGGUGGAGAAAGAUGACAAUCCCUGCAGGAAUAUGUCCACAUGUGGAAUGUAAAAUACUGAAAUUGUACAAUUAAAGACACGGUGUGAAGUCCCACACUCAUGUUGUUUUUGAUGUUAUUGAUGUAGCUUUUGUUGUGCACCAAGUGUUAGUUGUUCUGCUUAUUCUAGGGUGGAUGGGUUUGCAGGUGGGGUUAAAACCCCAAUCCUGUGACAGACUGCUACUGAUAAGUCCUUUUUUUAUAAAAUACAGUAUGAUUAUAAAAGACUUGUGGUGUGAGGAUUGAAAACCCUGAGUGAUGUAAAGCAAGAGACGAAGUGACUUUGUUUUGGCUAGAGAAGAAGCAGUUUUGUAUGAUUAUUCUUUGAUGUUGUUAUUAAUUUGCAUCUGAUUUUCUUGGUAAGUGAAUGUCUGUCUAUCUGUGUUGAUGCUUUACUGUGAGACAAUGGCUGUGUAUGCACUUUCAGACCAUCAUUGGUGCAGUGGUAACUAGUGCUCAAAUGUCACCCAAGGGUCAGAGUUCACUUCACCUUCAGUUCAACUAAUUGAAAAAUAAGAUCAUUCAAACAGUUGUUCAUUUCUCACACAUGUAAUCCUAUAAAGCAUUUAAACUUUAAGGUUGCCUUAUUCUGGUGUUAAAAUCUAUAAUGAACAGUGUUACAUAUUCAUAAAUACACUAUGAAAGUCAUAUUUUGGAAUAAGACCAUUGACCACAUUACAUGUAUGUGAUAUAGAAUUAUGUCUACAUUUGGGUUUUCCCACCUUUUUUGUCAGUUCCCACCACUGCUCGCUGUGGUAGGCUGAGUCACUGGAAACAUACCUUAGUACGUACUUCCUCCUGAGCCUUAAAUUAAUCUUAAUUGAGCAAUGGUUAUCAUAAUUUCCUCCAGAACACAGGAGAUUUUUAAUCUAGCAGCUAACAGCUAACUAGCUGAUAUCUUGAUAGCUUGUAAACAAAACAAAACAAAUUACACUCACAAUCAUGGUGAGUUUGGAGUCCCCUCAGACAUAAGAUGCAAUACUCUUUGAUUAGCUGUAACUGAAUUAGGAACUAAUUAGGAACUGAAUGUCCCCUUGUAUCUGCUCCCACAUUUUAGUAUUUAGCAUUUCAACAACCAAGAUUUCUACACACAACAAACACUCAUAGUUGCUGAAGAUGUUCUAGGUCUCACAGACAAGUUCCUCUUCACACAGACUUUAUCUGCACACUACAAUCCACUACAAACAGCUAACUAGUUAACUAGGUUUUGGGCUCACUUGACAACUUGUAAUUAUUAUGUAAUUAAAUUAGCAACUAAAUAACCGUUACAUUGCAUCUGUUCACACAGUCAAACAAUUAUUAUUUCUACAAACAGGAUUAACGACUCUGUUACGUGUGAGAAAGACAAUAUGUUGUAUCCUUUCAAUAGAAAGCCAGCCACGAAGCUUCUUCAGCUUCUUAUAUUCACACAUAUAGAAUAAUGCUAGUCACUCAUAUGACAAGUCAACAUAUUGUUGGCAUGCGCAUUGCUUAGAUCUAACACCUGUCUGAAGUCUGUUCCCACUCUCAUAUUCAGCAAGGUGGAUGGACAAAACAUUAUGUUUUGUUUCCCACUCACAGAACAACACAUUUUACAUACAGUGUCACUAAAUACUUUGAAUGUUGUAGGUGUGGGUGGGGGGAUUAAACCUUAUGUUUAACUUCUUUUUUUUUUUUUAUUAAAAAGCAAGAUGUUUAUAUUUUCUUUGGACCCUCCCCCUUGACUACAGAAACUACAAUACCAUCCAUCCAAUUUCUCAAAAAGUACUAUUGAUACAAUUUGAUUUACCAUUAAUAAAGAAAUGAGGUGAAGCAAAAAGACUUUCAGAUGGUGUACCAUAACCUUAAAAUGCAACCAUAUUAUGUUUAUGGAAUAGUUACUUUAAUCAUUUAAGUAUUUGAUCCUUUUUUCUACAAUUCAUAUGCAAAGGAAAUCCAUAUCCUUAAUAUAAAUCCAUUAUCCAGUUUGUCGAACUGAAAGUGAAUGAACCUGAAUCCUGCUUUCCACAGCUGCUUGGGCUGUGUCACUUGCUAGGCUGGGCAUCUGGCUCAAUUAAAAAAGAAAAAAGAAAAAAAAAAAAGAA